GUUCUGUUGAACAGUUUUUUAUUUGUUUAAGGAAUACUAUAGUAGUUAGUCUUGUGCGUAGUGAAAUGUUCUUAUAAAUUUUUAUUCUUGACGAUAGUCUUGCUCAGUUGUACGCAGGAUAUUCGUGAGAUCGGUUCGAACGAAAUGAAAAAUCAUAAAAAUAUGUUGUUCAGUUUGUGUCUUUCAGUGUUGAUAGUGAUAACGAAUUGUUAUGCGCACAACCGCAAUUAUUUUAAAAACGAGUUGGGCUACUGUGAACCUUUAACAGUGGAAUUUAUAGCGGGUUUAGUUACAAAAGAGGCUCGUCAACUGUUGGAUCCCAGUUUGCGGCCACGUCAUAAAGACUUACGUUUUGAUUUGUAUACGCGAAAAAAUCCAUAUGAAAAACAAAUGUUAUACACUGGUCAACAGGAUUCAAUAUUAAAAUCCAAUUUUAAUGCUAAGUGGCCCACAAGAAUUUCCUUUCACGGUUGGAAUGGUCAAACUAAAACAUGCUCCAGUGCUGCCAUUAAAGAUGCCUAUUUAGCAAAAGGAGACUUUAAUAUCAUACUCGUCGAUUGGAGUGAUUAUUCUUUGAACAUUAACUACGUGCGUGUGGUAAAUGAAAUUUUUCAAAUUGCCAAACAAUUCAACGAUUUUACUCGAUUCCUUUAUGAAACCACCAAUGUACCUUUCAAAGAUAUGUACUUAAUUGGCCAUAGUUAUGGUAGUCAUAUAGCAGGUAUAGCGGGCAAACUAUUGAAACCAGAAAAAUAUGGUGUUAUAUAUGCCUUGGAUACAGCUGGACCUAUACACUCCGUGCUCAAUGACAAUUGGCGUUUGACAGCCUCAGAUGCCCUAUAUGUUGAAUCUAUACAAACUGAUACUGGUCUUUUUGGUUUUCGCAGUGCUAAUUUAGGUCAUGCUUCCUUCUUUCCCAACUGGGGUCUGGGUCAACCUCAUUGUCCGAAUGUCACCGUAAUGGAACCAGAUUUUACCUGUGAUCAUUUUGGUGCCUUAUAUUAUUUUGUUGAAUCGAUAAGUCGUGAAAGAGCAUUUGGCGCUAUACAAUGUAAGAGUUACGAAAGUAUUAUUAAUCAGAAAUGUAAUUGUGGUGCAGAUAAUAAAAAUUGUCCGGCUCAAGUUUAUAUGGGUGGAGAACCGGCCCAACCGAAGAGAGGUAUUUACUAUUUGAGUACUCGCAAAGUGCGACCAUUUGGUUAUGGUGAUGUGUGCCGGAUAAAAAAGGCCAUACAGCCAACGAUUGUUAGAAUAACAAAUUAAUGUUAAGUUAAGAAAUGUAGUAAUAGUAAAGGCUAUAAUAGAGAUCUCUUUUAAGAUAAUAAUUUUGAAUCAAAAGAAAUACUAUUAAGAAAAUAAUUUAAUAAAGAAUCUUAUAAAUCUUUAUAUAUUACAAUUUAUUUUGAAUCCAAGUAUAGGGAUCCUUUGAAAAUUACUUUUAACAUUCAUAAUUGACAAAUAUAAAAAUGGCCAAAUAUGAAUCGACAUCCUAAUCGGUCCAGAUUUUAUGCAUCCUAUGCAUCCUAAGCUGUCACAGA